GCCCUUCAGAAGGGUGGUACGGGACGGACUUGCAGCGAAUACAAAGUUCAAGUCAAUAAGAACGUCACGUUUUGCCGGCGGCAGUUGUUUCUGCUUUCAUACCGCCACCUCCACUACGUCCUUUGGCCCAUAUCCCGUCCUGCGACGGUUCUCAUUGCAACAGUCGGUGCUGAAGCGAAAGGCGGACAUUUUCACCCCUGUUGGAGUCGAAAUUGCCGACAGGAAAGUGCCGUGCCGGUUCCUGCCUGCCAGAUUCUCAGUUGUCACCUACCCACCGCCACGGGAGAAUGCUAGAGCCAGAUUCGACCGCAUCCACUUCGCUUGGCGAAGAGAUCCUUGUUCCACCUCCGAAGCAGAAGCGGUCCAGUGUAGCUUGCAGACGAUGCCGUCGUCUUCGAGCAAAAUGCGUCAAGGAUGAAGAGAAGGGACGAUGUCGCGGCUGUAUCGAAGCAGGCGUGCCUAAUGAAUGCCAGUUUUUGCCGCGAGGCAUGAGUGCCAUCGACAGAGCCCCCCGACCUCCCCAGAAUCGAAAGCGGCAGACACGCCCCAAGGACCUUGAUGGAGGACACCGUUCCGAUGGCUAUGAUGGCGCGAAGGCGGGACCGCUGACCCCUCAAAGCCCUGUUGAAAGGUUUUGCGACAACUGUUCACAGGCUUUGUCCUCAAAAUCUUCUUCCCACCAGGAACUGCUCCCUCCUCACGAAGAACUCGUCGAAGCGUGCGAAUGGUUCUUUUCAACCUAUUUUCAGCUAGGUUUCCUACACAAACCGACUUUCAUGCACACUCUUCAGACCUCCCCGCAAUCUCUGAGCACCUUUCUCCUUCUUUCGAUGCUUUCAGUCUCAGCGCGAUUCACUCCUACCCUAAUACAGCGAUUUUCAACACCGGUCAAUGCAGCCAAUACCUUUGCAAAACGUGCACAAUUACUGGUUGGCCAGGAAAUGCUGGCCGCGGCUUCCCUUGAUAGAGCCCAGGCGUUCUUCCUAUGCAGCAUAUGGAACUGGGGAAGCGGGUUUCGGGACCGUAGCUGGAUCUUCCUCGGGAUUGCCGCACGGAUGGCUUCCGUCCUCCGACUUUCGCAGGAAGAAUCCUUCGACCUUCGCCCCGACGCGAGCGUGGAGCAGAUCAUCAACGCCGAGGUAUCCCGGCGGACUUGGUGGGUCAUCUUCAUGAGCGACAAUCUGUUGAGCUCUGGAUGCGGGCGACCAAUAUCGUUUGACCUAAACAAGGUGACGAUUCCGCUGCCAUGCGACGAGGAUCAUUUUACGUUUGGAUACAAUGGUCCGGCGACAGUGAUGGAGGGGACUCACGCGCGACCGCGACUAGCGCCGCAGUCCCGUUUCCCUAUUGAUCCACAGUUGAACAGUGAAAUUGUGGACACUAACUCGACGAACUCGAAUGGCGAUCGGUCGCUCUAUGGUAACUUGGUCAUAAUCGCAGACAUAUGGGCGCGGGUAGCAAGGGGUGCACUGCAGAGAGCGAAGGCUGGACCCACGACGGCUCCAUGGAGGAGUGACAGCGAUUACUUUCAGAUGGCCACCGAGCUGCAAAACUGGGAAAGUAAAUUGACCAAUAGACAGACGUGGUCGUUAUCGAAUCUCCUAGCGUAUCAGAGCAAGAGCCUGGACUUGGGUUACCGAUGCAUUUUCAUGAUUAUGCACUUGUCACACAUCGUACUGCGUCGGUCAUAUUUACCGAUGAUGGCUCGGGACGUCCAUUCAUCAACAAUCAAUCCUUCAAACUAUCGGCCAGAAGUGGCACCUCCAAGGUUCUGGGAGACUAUUGUCCAUGAAAUGUUUGCCCAUGCGCUCAAAGUUAUCGAACUCGUAAAGAGCUGGGUGCCAACUAUGCCUUUUACCAGAGGCUCAACGCCGAUGAUGGGCUUUGCUAUUUACAUGUCGGGGUCUGUAUUAUCAUACCUCAAGCGUUGGACUUGGCUAUGCCCUUCAUUAGCAGAGUACUCCGGACCUGCUAUCCAGGAUGCCUUAACACUCUUACUGGAGUUGGCGGCUGUCUGGCCUACGAUGGCAGGUCGAUGGCAUGCUAGCUUAAAGGAAGUAUCUGUUACCUUCCCGUCCCGCCAUGAAAAUCCGCACCGGCAGGUCGAAGGCUUUGGCUCUGCCGCAGAAGAGGACCUUAAUACUGAUGAUAGGGAGGGGAUGUAUAGACAUAAAUAUCGAGGCAGCCUGGAAGAGGCUGGAGAUCAGGAGGAGGUGGGUUUGGAUGACUCUGCGAUUCAAGAGGAUAUUAAACAUCCGCAUCCGCGGCAGCCGGUACCUGUUAACGGUGGUGUGCCAAAGGAGGAGACCAGUCCGAUUCCACAUGGUGCGGACAUGCUGUAUUCGCUGGCGACGGCUGCGUCACAUAGAAUGCAGCCUCCGGUUCCGCCUGGAGGCGUGCCGUUCGCCAAUGGAGCCACGAAUGGCUCUGUUCCGGCGAUCUGGGUUAACUACCAGGAAGACCUUGUCACUUUGUUCAACAAAGAUGAUCUUUCAUCUCACCUGGAGUACAGUGGUGAUGGAUGGGCAUUUUAAUUCUGUUAUGUUUAUUGUGGAUGAUACCCUUUGCUUUUAUAUGGUUGUACGUAUUGAAAUGACCUGUAAUUGUAUAUCUUUGCUGGCUUAGUGGUCUGUCGAAG